UUAAGAGAAGAUGGCAGAUAUGCUGAAUCACAUCCACUAAAGAAACAUAAAACCUCUGUAUCCAGGAUUUUAUUUCACACCACACAUUUUACUGCAUUGAGACUGAAAUAGCCAUCUCACAUUACAUGCAGUUUAGAAGUGAUGAAUGAUUGAACUGAAUGUGUUAGCCAUUAAUCAGGUAGAAUCUAAGCAGCACUAGUUUUGAUCAAUGAUUUGCUGUUUUCUAUGCAUUACAUUAUUUUUAAUUGCAUAAUUUUUCUCUCACAUAAAUGUUUGGUUGAUUAGUUUAAGAUUGUCAGAUCAUUCUGUGAAAAAUAAUGAUUAGUUGCAGCCUUUGUGUCAGCGUCAUCAGCAGAAAUGAAUUAACUGGCACUCAGGCGUGGUAUAAAGCCAUUUAUAUUACUGGAGUAGUUACAGGAAUGCAUUCAAUAUGUUAAAGACUGCAAAAAAUGUUGGUUCAGACCGUUCGUCCUUUGUGCAUCAUUACUAACCCUUCGUCCCACUUUUGACCUACAUUUUACUACCAUUGUGCACUGCAGGCUUUUGUUCUUUCUGCUUCUUACAUACAGCUGGCCUCAUAGUUUCAGUAUAAAUGAAAUACAAUUAGAAAAGCUUGAAUGGGUCUAAAAGCUAUCCACUUUAUUGUACAUUUGCCAUCAGUUACAUGAUAUGCCAGAGCAAGAUUCAAACAGAAAAACUGAUUAGGGACUUCAACUAAUGAAUUUUAAGUAUUUUUUCACCUACCUUGUCAUGUCUCCUUCCUUUGGUUGUGAUGAAAUCCAUCGAAAUUAGUGAAUUAUUUGCCUGACUUCCUCUUAGGUUUGGUAGGCCCAUGAAGGAUUUUCCAGUGUUGGCAGAGAAUAGCCGCUGGAUAUUCCCCUCAUCUUUGAUGGUCCAGAGAGCUGUGGUCAAGCCCAGAAACUGUCUGGUCGAUCGGUUUGUGUGUGUGCGUUUUUAUGCCAAGCGUGUUUGAAUAGCCUGUCCAAGCCUUUCAAAAACUGCUGGUCUGGCUGUCAUGUGCAGCGCAAGUGGGGAAGUAUGAAUUCGGUGUGACAGGAUGGUGUGUAUGUGUAGUGUGUGCUUGUGAAAUUGUGUGAGAUAGAGGAAGCAUCAGUGGGUGACUGAAUAUACUAGGAUUCUCUCAUAGAUUGCCAUGUUUAGCGUCCUGGCUCAGAGUAGAUUAGAGCGCUGCCAUCCCAGAUGACAGAGGAAAAGUCUGAUUUAUCUUAGGAAAGCAGGGUAAUUUCUCAUCAAAAAAAACCCAAAACAUUUGUCUAUAUCUCAUUUAACGAAACUGGAAAAAGGAACUUUAGAUCCAGUGAAAUGGCAGGGGGUUAAGUGGCUCAGGCUUCAGUGGUCAAGCAUUGUGGGAAAUGAAGGAGACAGGCUGGUCUGGUGGAAAUGGAGCUGAAGAUUCUGGAUUCUUGAGGCAGUGUCUGUGGUGGGAACAGAUCUCAUAGAGGUGCUGUAUGGCAGAAGGGAGGUCAAGAGAACACAGCCUGAUUAGGAAGGGACAUCUGCAUCCUUCUCUGUGGUCCCAAACCAUGAAUAUUGUGGGCCAGUUGGCAGAGACCGUGUUUGUGACUGUAAAGGAGCUGUACCGUGGCCUUAACCCGGCCACUCUCACCGGAGGGAUUGAUGUCAUUGUCGUGCGGCAACCUGAUGGGUCGUUUCAGUGUUCACCCUUUCACGUUCGCUUCGGAAAGCUGGGUGUACUCCGCUCCAAGGAGAAAGUGGUGGAUAUUGAAAUAAAUGGAGAAGCAGUUGACCUACAUAUGAAACUCGGGGACAACGGAGAAGCAUUUUUUGUGGAGGAAAAUGAAGAUAAGGAGACCCAAGUCCCGGCUCAUCUGUGCACCUCUCCGAUCCCUCUGGAGGUCCCUGAGGAGAUACAAGAGACCCCUGAGGGACCAUCCUCCUCAGGGGGAAGCACCCGCAGGAAAAAACGGCGCCGUAAACGCAUACGUUCUGAUACACACCUGAGAGAAGAAGCCAGCUCAUCAUCAGACGAGAGAGAACGAGAGAAAGAAUGGGAGAGAGAGAGCGAUCAGGCAGGACAGGAGAGUCCUGUUAAAGAUGAGUCAACUGCAUCUUUGCAACUCAGUAAAUCAGUGUACUACUCACUAUCUGAGGAGCCAAUUGAGGAGCCUGGGGCCAUGCAGACACAUCCACACUCAGAUGGAGAGCAGUCACCAACAGAAAGAGAGAGUGUGUUCUUCAGUCGGCCGUCCUCUCCUAAAAGCGACUCUGAACUCGUGGUGAAACCUCAGGAGUCUUCUGGGCCACAGAUGCAGUGGAACUGGGGAAGUUUUCCCAUGCCAUGCCAAUCAGAAAGGACACCAGUGGACCUACAGCUCAUCUCCCCUUCAGGCAGUUCUCAUUUCCGCACCAUUGAGAGACAAGACUCCUUUGACAUGGGUUUUGAACCUGUAAUCAGCUGUGGCAGAGUGGGUAGUGUAACAAUGGUUAGACCGCAGCCCAGGACUCGCUCUUUGGACCUAAGUAGCUACUCUAUGCAAUUGACACCUUUAUCAACAGACAAAGACACACACAUUGACUGCUUUAACUCUAAUAAUAACCUCUCUGCAUCAUCUCUGAAGACUGCUAUGAAUUCAAAACUUGAAAACACACUGGAGCAGGAAGAGAGCAAAGAUUCCUCUUCCUUUUCACCCAUUCCUAAUAAUGACACAGAUGGCCUUAAUAGCAAAGCAACCACAGGCAGUACUGAGAAUGUAAGCACUGCUACAAGUCCAUUGAGCACAAAUAAUCUUGCCAGUGAGACCAAGUCACCCUUCAUUAUAGAGGAUAAAAAUUCUACAGUCAAAGGAGGUGUCUCGGAUAACAAAACCACAGAUUUAAUCAAUCCACAAAGUGAGCAGGGUUCCACCAGAAGUGUCCCUUUCAGUGAGGAGGACAGUGGGAUAGAGCCAUGCACUGAUGGAGGGGAGGAGAAUGGAACACAAAGAGUCAUAGAUGGAGUAAAAGGUGACACAAGAGACACCAGAGCCACCUGGGCGACUGCAGAGGGGUUAUCCAGCUCCUCUGAGUCGUCCGUCAAAAUGGAGCAACAAGACAAAAAGAAAGGAAAACGUAAUCACCAUCUGGGGCCAACCGAUAUUUACUUGGAUGAUCUGACUUCACUGGACCCUGAGGUAGCUGCGCUCUACUUCCCCAAGAGUGAGACAGAGGGAGCAUCUCAACAGGGGGCAGAGCAGGGCUCUGUGUCCGGGAGCCAGUCACCUCAGUCCGUGGGCAGCGGGAACAUCGAUAGCGGUACUGAGUACCUGUCAGAUUCCAUGUCGUACAGUAUGGAUGUGAGCAUGUCCCUUUGCGGAGCAGAAGGUGACACCAGCCACAUCACCAAAGAGAAGUUUAUGGAGCACAUGGUGACGUAUCAGGAAUUUACCAACAAUCCAGGAAUCAUUGAGGAUCCGAACCUCGUCAUCUGCAUCAACUCCAACUAUUAUAACUGGGCAGUAGCUGCUCCAAUGGUUUUGUCAAUGACAGCUUUUCAGAAGAAUCUGCCAAAGAACACAGUGGAGCGGCUGAUGAGGGAUAAGAUGCCAAAAAAGUCUGGACGCUGGUGGUUCCCUUUUAGGCGACGAGAUAUGGACAACAGCAGGAGGCACUCAAAGGAGGAGCAAGAGGAGCAGCUGACCAGUGUUCGGCCCACAGUGAAGGCCACUUUGGAUGACAUCGACAGUGACGAAGCAGCGGGGCUUGGCCGACACGCUGUUCUACCGUCCAGCUUAUCGACAGACACCCUGAAUGCUGCUCAGUGUAUCAGCCAGAUAUACCGCAAAUCACUUCGUCUGACUUCUAAACAGAUAGAGCAUCUAAAUCUGCGUGAAGGUGCAAACAAGGUGGUGUUCAGUGUUACAACUCAAUACCAAGGCACGUGUCGCUGUGAGGCUGCCAUCUACCUGUGGAACUGGGACGACCGAGUCAUCAUAUCAGACAUCGAUGGCACCAUUACAAAGUCUGAUGCUCUGGGUCAUAUUCUCCCUCAGUUUGGAAAAGACUGGACACACCAAGGCAUUGCCAAACUUUACCACAGAAUACACCAAAAUGGCUAUAAGUUCCUGUACUGUUCAGCCCGAGCAAUAGGAAUGGCUGCCAUCACUAAGGGCUACCUGCAGUGGGUCAAUGACAAAGGCAUUGUCCUCCCUAAAGGUCCAGUACUACUGGCUCCCAGCAGCCUCUUUUCAGCACUACACAGAGAGGUGAUUGAGAAGAAGCCGGAGGUGUUUAAAGUUGCCUGUCUUAGUGACAUCAGAGACCUGUUCAACCCUCAGAGGCAGCCCUUCUACGCAGCCUUUGGCAACAGGACCAAUGAUGCAUAUGCCUAUAAACAGGUUGGUGUUCCUGAUACCAGGGUAUUUACUGUCAACCCAAAAGGAGAGCUCUUUCAGGAGAAGACUAAAGGGAACAAGUCCUCGUACAACAAUCUCAGUGAGGUGGUGGAGCAUUUCUUUCCUGAGCUCUGUGUGGAAGGCAGCGCGUCGUCUGCUUUUGACUGUCCUGAGUUCAGCAGUUUCUCCUUUUGGAAAGAGCCUCUGCCAGAGCUGGACUUGGACGCACUACUGUAGACACAUACCCACUUAUCCACUACAACAUUUACAGAAGCACACAUACUGUCAAUGUCUGUCCUCUGUCAUGCACUCGGAAGGCAUUUGAUAGAUUUUUUUUUUUUUUUCCCAGCACAUUGGAAUUUUUUAUUCAAUAGUGCCUGUUUAUGAGACACUGAAUUAACAGGAACAUAAAGAACCAGCUGUCUGUUGAUGCAACACACUCAAAUAUAGAGCCAAGUUAAGUCAUUAAAUGCUUGAACACAUUUCAUCUCAGUGCUGUAAUACUGACCAUGACUAUUUAACUCAACUACACAAACACGCCUUUUACUCAAAUUUCCUUUUGUUCUAAUGUUUAGUUGUUGUAUGCAUCAGUAGCGUAGACAUUCCUAAAUAUUCGCCUGCACGAGUAACACUGUCACAUGUUUCAUAUCAAAACAUGGACCAAACAUAUUUAUAUAGAAAUAGACUUUGCGCUGUAUCAGAUGCCCUCAUUUGAGUGACGCCUAAAUACUGCAAUUGCCAACUAAUGAUCAACUUCUACGGAAUACUUUUAGGACUGAUUAGUACAUUUCCAGUGGACCAAUUUAAGCACGACUGAAUAAAGUCCAGGCACCUACAGCAAAACAAACCUCUUACCCUUUGUUCAGUGGAGAUUAAAAAGGUUUAUCUGCAUGCUGCUGACAAGAGAAAAUGGCUGCAGUGUAUCAAUGUUUUUUUUUUAUGGCUACGAGUUGGAAGCGACCAAAUGUGGUUUAAGAAUGUUUGGGGUUGUUUUCCAAGUGGUUUGAGAUCAGACUUCCUGGUGUUUCCUGGGUUUGCUCGAUCAGUAUUGCAAUAUUUAAAGAACAUAAUCAUUAAUCCGUUUUAAAAGCACAUUUCUGAUUGUCUUUCUUAUAGGUACUGCCUUUUUCCGAGUUUAGAAAUGUUUGUACACUACAUGAGUCAGGAGACGGAUCACUGACUUUUACUCUAGAUACAUGUAAACAAACCAGGAUGAGAAUUUACAUGUCUGGUUUAACCCAGGACUGUUUUUUUUAAAUAUACAUAUACUACAAUGAAUUGUAUUUAUUUAUCUUUUUCUUAUUUUUCAUUAUCCAGAAGUGUACUAUGAGGUGCAUACUGUAUGAACUGAAGCUGUGGUUUACUUUCAAGCAACUUUUUAAGCCAAAUAUAUAGGAAAAUAAAUUUAUAAGACGCA